AUUCGACCGGCAGCUAGCAUGACGUGCCCCUGAUCAGAAAAAGUGCGGACCGCCCCCCACACACCAUCGCUCACCUUGCCCCCCGCCUUACACGGUACAUCGCGAACUCCUUGCUUGCGUGCGUGCGUGUGCGUACCCGGUAUAAAAGAGAGAAGAGAAGAAAAAGAAAGGGAAAACAGCACUAGCGGUGCCUAAGUAAUGGACGAGUCCGAAGAGGAGGUCGACACUCGGGUCGAGUCGCUUUUACGCCAACGCCAAUCACUGACCGAUGAUCUGUUGGCUCGUCCAUACGAUCUAGUUAUUUACAUAAAGCGCGCAUUAGUAUACGCCGAUCUAGCCUACCCCGACUUGGCUGCCGGCGAUGCUUAUCGUGCUUUAUUAUUAACUGACGAAGUCAGAGAUGAAAGCUUUGAAUACCACGAACAAGCAACCGAAUCUUUGACGGCGUAUACAGAUGGACCCUUCUUAGCAGUUCUAGACUAUGGCUCUCUAACUGGAAGUGUAUCUCGUCUACCCGAUCUAGAUGAUGGCGCAAAGGAUAUUCCUGCCCUUGCGUCGCUUGCAUCUAUUCGUUGUUAUCAAAUUUUAGCCUUGAGUCUUCUACUAUGUGGCUGUCUAAAAAGUGCUUGGAACUUCUGCGAACGUGGACUUGCUAUUGCGCCGGAUAAUCAAGAGCUUCUUAAUACGCGGAGUUAUAUACAAACCGUCGCCGAGCGCAGAACGCGAAAACCGAUCUCCGGCGUGAAUGAUCUACCAGAUUGGGGUAUGGUACGCAGGGAAGUCUACCCAUGGAACAUUUACGAACCCGAUCGGUUUUCGGAAGAGUCCCUCGAUUUCCUCAACGCCGAAUUAGCAACAAUGGCUCCUAAAUGUACAGUCCAAGUCGCGGAGUUGCCCGUAUUAUUAGGAUGUUCAAGUCGCACAGAUGGAUAUGACAUAAUCCCGACAUGCAGCCAACUCGGCGUAUUCGCCAAGGACAAUAUCGCCCCUGGAGAAGAUGUUCUUGUGGAGUACUCGCUAGUGACAGCCAAUAAUCGCCUAAAGGAACCCGUGUGUGAUGCUUGCAGCGGCGAACUCCCAGCUUUAGGAAGUGAAUCCACUGCUAUUAAUUGUCCGGAAUGCUACGAUACUGUAUUUUGCGACCAGUACUGUUUUGAGCGGGCCCAGGAACUCUACCACCCGGCGGUCUGCGACAAAGAUGUCGAUUCCAUCGCGAAAGACCCUGAUGCAAAGGAAGCCGACGAAACCCUCCAUCUCCUAUUGCUCGCCCGUGUUCUAGCUAUGGCGGCUCACCAACAAGUUCAUCCCCUUGAUGUUAACCAAGUCAAGUACAUUUGGGGAGAUUUUGUGUCCUCCCAAACCAAUGAAAUCGAUUUAUCCCCCAAAGCCGGUCCACCUCCAGACUGGACUCUACCGUUUUCUUUUACGUAUAAUAUUGAGACUCCGUUUCAUAUUCUCGAGAAAAUGGAUAUUGAUAUCUACACCACUCUUGCUACUUUUGAUGUAUGGGUAUUCAAUACACUUUAUAGCAAAUUCCGUGGUACUGCGUCUGCGCGUAAGAACCUAAGGGAUGGACGGCCUGAUGUCGCUGCCGUUCAUCCUUUCUGGUGCCUUGCGAAUCAUGAUUGCAACCCAAACGUCACCUGGGAUUGGGGUGGUCGUAUGGUGUUGAAGGCACGAGAGACGAGAAUUGUCGAUAAUGCACCGGGUGGCAUUAAAGCUGGAGAGGAGAUUCUUAACCACUACUGCGAUGUAGACCUACCUGUGCAACAACGUAGAGAAUGGGCUCGUGGUAGUUUGGGUGGCUGGUGUAUGUGUAGUAGAUGUCGCGAAGAAGCCUCUGCCUCCGAAAAUAAUUCUCCGGGAUAAUCUUCCUGGAUAUUCAUCGAAUCUCCCUCAACACUCAACAUACUAAUUUACACGUACACUAAGGCGAUGGGUUUGGUUCUU